AUGGUAGACACCAUUCUCACAACCACUGGUCACGCUUCGCCUCUCGCACAACUUGUUCUCUUCGUUUACCGACUUCUAGGCACGCAGUUCGGUCUGGAUCCGUCAAUGGUACUGGCUAUCUUGGGCUUCGCAUGGGGCGCACUGAAAAUCGGUUCACAGAUUUAUGGCUCUGUCCAGCGGUUUGUUGACGAUUAUCUCAUGUGCGCCAUGUACGUUACUGAAGAUGACCACAUAUAUAUGCAUCUGAUGAAGUGGUUGUCCCAUCAUCCAAGUAUAAAAAACAGCCAAUAUCUCAUGGCUCAAACUGUCUGGAAGAGCGCUUGGGAGGAAGAAGAUGAACUAGAAGAUGCACUAUUCUGGACGAAUGGUGGCGAAGUUGGUGGUGGCGAUAAGAUGUACCUGAAUUUUUCCAACCAAGCAGCCAAAUCGAGUCCUAGAUUUGUCCCUGCUAUGGGUUCAACGGCAUUUUGGCAUAAAGGAACAUAUUUCAGAGUCCAUCGGAAAAAGGAGUCGUUCGUCAAUACUCAUUCGUGGGGAGGUCCAAUGAAAGAUCUCGAAGAGGUUAAGAUCUCGUGUUUCGGACGCUCAAUAGAUCCCAUCAAGCAGCUGCUAUCAGACGCUAAAGCCCUGUAUUACAAUGACACUCGCCAGAAAACAACCAUCUAUCGCCCAAGAGUCAAGGAGCAAAGGCGAGAUCAUAACAUGUGGCAGCAAGUAGCACGACGCCCCGUAAGACCCAUGUCAACAGUUGUGCUCGACUCUUGUGAAAAACACGAUAUUUUGUCCGACAUCAACGAGUAUCUGCACCCCUCGACGCCACGAUGGUACGCUUCUCGCGGAAUUCCGCUGAGGCGAGGUUAUCUCUUCCAUGGACCACCAGGUACCGGAAAGACCAGCUUUUCCUUUGCUCUAGCAGGCGUAUUUGGCAUCGACAUAUAUGUCAUUAGCCUGCAAGACGCCGGUGUGAACGAAGAAGACUUGGCGACACUAUUCACUAAACUACCACGAAGAUGCAUAGUCCUUCUAGAAGAUAUUGAUACCGCAGGUCUACGACGAGAUCUCAGCACAGAAAACGAGGAUACAUUACAGGAUAGUAAAAGCGAAGACAAGGACAAGAAAGAUAGAAAAAAGAAGCAGAAGCGAAAGGCUGAUACCAGCGACAGCGAGUCAGAGAGCGAACCCGAAAGGAAGCCGAAGAAGCGAGGCUCAAGAAAGAAAGAUUUCAGCAAAAGCAAUCCUGUGGCUUUUGAAGGCAUAUCUUUAUCCGGGCUUUUGAAUGCCAUUGAUGGUGUCGCAUCUCACGAAGGCCGAAUCCUCAUCAUGACGACCAACAAGCCCGAGGCUCUGGACGAGGCGUUGAUUCGUCCCGGAAGAGUAGACGUUCAAGUAAAUUUCAGCAAUGCCACCAGCGUCCAGGCUGGUGAGUUGUUCCAUCGAAUGUAUGAAGCGUCCCGCUUAAAGGAGACGACAAAGACGAUAAACGGCUCGGCAAGAGUGGAAGAGGUGGUAGAAAAGACGAAUGAGCAGCCAGCAGCCAGGCACUCUAUUGAUGAAUUAGACUCAAUCACAGCUGAAGAGAUGAAGGAGAUAUCAGAGGAAUUUGGCCAAAGAAUCCCAGAAGGCAUCUUCUCUCCUGCAGAGAUCCAGGGAUUCCUCCUCAAGCGCAAAAAGUUUCCGCGCCGAGCGCUGGAUGAGGUAUCAGAAUGGGUUGAAGCGUCACUGCGGCAGAAGGAGGCGAAUUCCAAAGUUUUGACUGUGCAGUGA